GUUGACCUUUCCCUGUAAAGUGCAGGCAGGCCGAUCAGCUCAGAAACGCCAUCUUUAACUGAUCAAACUACUGAAGCAGCGUUGUGGGACGAAUCUGGGUCAAGCGUUCGAAGACGAAACCGCAUCUGGAAAUCUCAACUCUUCGCAUUGUCCCUGAAAUUUACCGAUCUCUUCACCAACCGCGACGUUUUAUGGUCCAAUGUGUUUGAGCGGUCGGGCAGCCCGAAGGCAGUUUUGUUGUGUCGGUCCCGGUUGAUAUUGACUGGAAGCUUUUUUUUUUGUAACAAGCAGCUGACUGCGGUCAAAUCAGGUAGGAGAAAGAUAUUCGACUACUCUUCAAACAGACAGUUCUAGAGGCUUUAAACUGGAGUCCUUCACAUCUGAGAAUGAAACGAGGUCUCCAGGGAGCUAAGCAAGAGGAUGGGGGUGGCACCAGUGGUGGAUCUCUCAAACGGUCACGGAAACAGAGGAGGGACUCAGACCUUGAUGAAGAAGUGGUCCACUGGGAAUGUCUGCCGCAGGAGGUCAUUCUCCACAUCUUCCAGUACCUGCCUCUGCUGGAUCGAGCUUAUGCUUCUCAGGUUUGCCGGGGCUGGAAUCAGGCAUUUCACAUGCCUGAGCUGUGGCGUUGCUUUGAGUUUGAGUUGAACCAGCCAGCUAGCUCCUACCUGAAGGCCACACACCCUGACCUCGUGAAACAAAUCAUCAAAAGGCAUGCCAACCACUUGCAAUAUGUCAGCUUCAAGGUGGACAGCAGCAGAGAGUCAGCAGAAGCGGCAUGUGACAUCCUCUCUCAGCUCGUGAACUGUUCUCUGAAAACACUAGGUCUUAUCUCCACAGCUCGGCCAAGCUUCAUGGAGCUGCCUAAGUCUCACUUCAUCUCAGCAUUGACGGUGGUUUUCGUGAACUCCAAAUCGUUGUCCUCCCUGAAGAUUGAUGACACUCCUGUAGACGACCCCUCCCUCAAAGUACUUGUGGCCAAUAACAGUGACACUUUGAAACUGCUGAAAAUGAGCAGUUGUCCUCACGUGUCACCUGCAGGCAUCCUCUGUGUGGCUGAUCAGUGUCAUGGGCUGCGAGAAUUGGCUCUGAACUACCAUUUGCUGAGUGAUGAACUCCUCAUUGCACUCUCCUCGGAGAAGCAUGUUCACCUGGAGCACCUGCGUAUCGAUGUGGUGAGUGAGAAUCCAGGCCAGCAGUUCCAUACGAUCAAGAAGAGCAGCUGGGAUGCCAUGGUGCGCCACUCCCCAAAAUUCAAUCUGGUCAUGUAUUUCUUCCUCUAUGAGGAUGAGUUCGGCCCCUUCUUCCGCGAUGAGCUCCCGGUCACACAUUUGUAUUUUGGCCGCUCGGUCAGCAAAGACGUGCUGGGCCGAGUGGGGCUCACCUGCCCUCGUCUGGUCGAGUUGGUGGUGUGUGCUAAUGGGUUGCGGCCGCUGGAUGAAGAGUUAAUCCGAAUAGCGCAGCGCUGCACGCAGUUGUCAGCAAUCGGCUUGGGAGAGUGUGAAGUGUCUUGCAGCGCCUUUGUGGAGUUUGUUAAGAUGUGUGGAGACAGACUGACCCAGUUAUCAAUUAUGGAGGAAGUGUUGGUUCCGGAUCAUCGCUAUGGGCUCGAUGAUAUCCACUGGGAGGUGUCGAAGCAUCUGGGCCGCGUCUGGUUCCCUGACAUGAUGCCUACCUGGUGAAGUCGUGCGAGAGUUGAAAGCUGCAUUGAGAUUUGAGUCUAAGCGGGUCCGUAAUGUGUUGAUCACUCUUUCUUUGCUUUUUAUUGAGGAAAUUAAAUGUACUAUAAUACAUUUUAAGACGUGGUUAAAAAUGCCACCUAUUUAGAUUUGGAUCUACAGUAAUCAUGCAGGUUCCAAGAGAAACAAGUAACAUUUUUGGUUCUCCCUUGCUGUUCUUUGUAUAUAUUUUAUAUGUAUAUUUAUAUAUCAUUGCAUUUUUGUUUAGACAAAACAUUAAGCACUUUGUUCUCUGAGCAACUUACAGAUUUGUCAGGUGUAGUGUUCCCUCGAAAUUUAUGGAUGACAUUUUCCCUGGGAUUCAUCAAAUAUCUGGGAAUGAAGGAGACAUUGUGGCCAUGAGUAUCAUGUACAUGUAUUUAUUGAGUAAUAAACCAUAAUUAUCUGAUAUAGUGGAAAACCCUUAAAUUGGUUUUCCAAACAGUUAUGCCUUUAAUUUGAGCGAUUUGCAGGAAGUCAGCUUUUGUCAUCUAUACAGCUGUACUGUGUGAAAUAAUGCGUAUCAAUUUUAAUGACAAUCUACUCAGCAGAAUGAGAGAUUUGUAGUGGAUAAACCCAAUAAUGUAACAUAUUUGUUGAUUGGGAGAAGAUGUAGAGGAAAAUUGCUUUAGGAUCUUCUGGAGCCAGAUUGGGUGCUCAAAUAGGUGAUGAGGCCACAGACAGAACAGUAUUGAUGGCAGUAUGUAACAUUUUAUUUUUACAGUUUUAUUUGAGGUCUACUGAUGCACUGCCAACAGAUCACAAAAAUCUGUAGCACUUGAGCUUAACUUAAUAGCCACUAUUUGAAAGUUUUCAUGAUCUGCGUUUUGUCUAUCGAUGGACUUUGGGUUCAUCCGUUACAAAUCACAAACAUAUAGACACAAGGUCAUUUUCAAGGGCAUCGUGAAUGUAUUUGAUAGCCUACAUACAGUAAUUGGCAGUACUCACGAUGUAAUGUUGUAGCUGUGAAUUGAUGCUAUUUUACUGAGCUCCUGGAUAUUUGAAGUGUACAGUAACAGUCCUCAGUAUGUACUCGUUUUUACAACAAAUUUAAUGCAUACAAUGCUUACAGUUUAUACACUGCAGCAUGCCGUCAUCUCAGGUUGGAACUGAACUGGUCUACAUCUAUUUUGUCCAACACAAAAGUCAAUUGUAUUUUUUUUUCACUCCCAAUAUUUGAAUGGGGUCACUGUUAAUAUGUAAUGUGCAUUAAAAAGUGGAAGUCAUCAAGAAUAAAUGCUCAACAAACAAGUGAGACAUUUUUUAAUGUUUCACUUUUUGUUUGAGGUCAAGUAGGAAUCUAUCUGGAAUAAGUUUUAAAAUACAUAAAGCACGUCUUUUUUUUCUGGACUUUCUGAUGGACAUCAUCCUUGGAGUCUUUCAAUAAAUGAUCCCUUUAAAGCAUGUGUUGAAACCUUUCAUCAAGUAUCUAUUGCUUAGCCUGUUCAAGGUCGAUAAUCAGCCUUUCUACUUAAUUUACAAAUGUUUCCGUGACUACACGGGGUAAUGGCCUUUGCAAUGGACUGUUCUUUUCUGGUAUGUCUUUCAAAUAACAUGAACAUAAACUGCAUUUGUAAUGUUAUCUGUGGUGGUAGUACAUUACAGAAAAGGACUUAAGUCUAAUGGUGUGUGCAGAUUAAAAAAAAAAAAAAAACAAAUUAAGAAAAGAUGUACUGCAUGCACCACUUCCAUGUUAAUCUCCACUUGAUGCAAACGCUUACCAUCAAUAUUGGAAACAUACAAACUCAAAAGCCAGUUAGUGCUGAACGCAGCAACACAUUUCGGUGUGGCCUAAAUUGCCGAUCGUCUCCCUGUUUGAGAAUUAAAAAUUUGAUGCCAUUUUGACCAUCAAAAUUUCUAGCACUGAGGUAUUGAACGUACCUAUGACACAACCCCAGACUAUCGCCCAUUUAACAGCCUGGGUCAUUUUUCAGUCAGAUGGCAUCCCAGUAAUUUCUGACAGUGGAGAUUGAUGCUAUCUGACCUUUCCACCCGAAAUAUCUGAGGCGCUGCCAUGCAUGACAUCUACAUCCACUGUAUUUAUGUUUUUUUGAAAGGUCGCCUCACUUUCAGUGCUUUCGUCCUCCAAAGUAAUGUAUAUGUUUUAUAUAAAGGACAUUGGUGAGUUCAUUUCUUGCUAUUUUGAUUUCAUGACAACAAUAAUGACGUUUUGUGGAAUUUGGUAAGUGGACACAAAGUAUGGGGAAAAGUGAGCAAAUUAUGCCUGGACCCAAUUUAGAUUUCUUUGAUGGUUCAAAACUGGCCUGAUUUGAGUAAGGGUUGAAUAUAUUGUUUUAAACUGAAUGUUUGAAUAUACCCUUACUGUAUGUAUUAAUGCAACAUGCUUAUAGGGUACAUUCAAAGCUGUUGCUUUAAUCAUGUUUAUGCAUUUUCUGAAGAGGUGGCCAAGAUUAUCACUCGUUUGGCUGUCCUGAUUUUCACCAUGAUGUAAAAUAAAAUCCCCUCACCCGUU